AUGGACGCUCCGGGUUGGACUGCAAACCGAAGGGCCCAACGUGAAAGCGAGUACGUUCCUCAUCGCGGCCAAGAUGGCUUUUUCCUGCCUGUUGAGGCCCCUCCGAUGGUCAUGGAUGAGAGUUUCAUCGGUGGGUUUGACCCAUAUUUGCACGCUAGUCGCCCUUCCACUCCUCGCCCGCCACCAUUACCGCCCAAGGAUGAGUCAUAUUUCGCUCGACGGACAAAGACAGAGUCUAUCUCGAGCAGUUUUGCUACUAUGACUGCGGUUGAGAGGUCGGAGGUUCAGCGUAUUGCGAGGAUGGACCCUCAUUUACAAUUCAUGGUUGGUCCGCUAUUGCGCUACGACACGGUAAAAAAUGGAGUCUGGCGAGGGGCAGUUCUGAUAGUGACUGCCGACUCCGGCUCUGUUUAUGACCCGCACCCCACCCUCUCGUUUGAAUGGGACCCAGACUCGUCUCCAGCCAACAGUCUUCCAUCACCCAUCCAAGACCGACCUUCUUACGAUCUUGGACCACACCCCGCUGAUCCCAGUGCUUUGCACACACUGAGUAAUGGCAUACAAUUCACUGCCUCCAACGGGGGCAGCCGAGGUCCACACUUUCGGAAAGAGCAUGUUCCAGGCCAUGAGAUCUGGGUUUAUGUUGGCACCGGGAGGACAUCAACUUUCUGGCGGUUCCUCAUCGAGAUACCGUUGGGCCCUGCGGAAAUGGCGGUAACCUACACCAUCAACAAAGGUCAACCAGUACGUUCACAAUCAGUCGCAACACUCGCAACGUCCGUCAACUGUCCUCAGUUUGUCUUUUUCGUGCCCGGUGUCAACCAGAAUAUGAGAUGGGCAGCGUCAUCGUGCAACGGUUUCUCAGCCGGCAUCAAUCCAGAUGAUUUUCGUGGCCCCGGUUUCAACAGCGGUUACGACCCUGUUUGGGUAGAUCUGUUGACAAAACACGCAGAAAAGCCCUUUCAUGUUCAAGUCGGCGGUGGGGACCAAAUAUAUUGCGUGCACUUAGACAGUGUUACUCGGGAACCAGAGCUACAGGAAUGGAUGAAUAAAAAACCGAUGGACCGAAAGAAAUAUGCAUUAACGGAGGAAAUCGCGUUCGCAAUUGACCGAUUCUACUUUUCGCAUUAUUGCAACCACUUCCGGCGUGGUGCAUUCGCUCGGGCCAAUAGCACCAUUCCAAUGAUCAAUAUGGCUGAUGACCACGACCCCGAUGAUCUUCAACUCGCCCCAAUCUUCCGACAUAUAGGAACACGGGGUUACUUUUUCUUCCUCUUGUUCCAAUGUUUCGUUAACGUCGAUGUUGACGGUGUUGACGAUCGACCCGGGAAACACUGGUGCCAGUCGACAAUCAUUGGCUCCCCGGGGCCAUAUGUUGGCUUCCCUAGUCACUCAUUCCUUGCCUAUAUGGGACCUCAAACAUACAUCCUUAUGCUUGACUGUCGAGCAGAGAGGAAGAAAGAUCAAGUUUGCAGUCCAGCAGAGUACGACAAGGUCUUCCAGAGGCUCAAGCAGCUUCCGACCACUGUGGAACAUCUCUGCGUCCAGAUUGGCAUCCCUAUCGCGUACCCACGUCUGGUUUUCUUGGAAAAAGCGCUCGAAUCCAAAUUAAACCCCCUUGUGGCCCUUGGGAAAGCUGGCAGCUUGGGCCUUUCCUCGUUCGUCAACAAGUUUAAUGCAGAGGCCGAACUGCUGGAUGAUCUUAAUGACCACUGGACUAGUACUUUGCACAAAAAAGAGCGAAAUUGGUUUGUUCAGCAGAUGCAACAACUAGCUGAAGCACAGCUGAUACGCGUCACCUUUCUGUCUGGCGAUGUGCAUUGUGCCGCUGUUGGCUAUUUCAAGACACUCCAACCUCCCAAAACUCCGGACACUCCGCCACAACUGGAUCAUCGCUAUAUGCUGAAUGUUGUAACAAGUGCAAUUGUCAAUACACCUCCCCCCGAUGGUGUCAUCACGAUGGUGUCAUCAUUGGCCACAAAAAAGCACCGCACAAUGCAUUUCGCAGACACAGACGAGGCGAUGGUUCCCAUCUUCCAGACCGAGACCAAUGGGAAGACCAGGAAACAGCAAUUUAUCAUGGGGCGGAGAAACUGGUGUCAGGUUGAGUACCAAAACCAUGAAUGGGUGUUCGACAUACGAGUCGAGAAGGAAAAGGGGCUGGGUGAAACGGUGGGUUACUCUGUACGGUCUCCUCCGCCAGGCUGGACACGUUAA